UUUUCCGCAUAACAGCAUAAAAAAGAGGUAGUUUCUGAUAGGGCCGGCCACCUCCAGGAGCGCGGGGCUCGCAGGCGAGCGACAGAUGGCGGAGAAGAGGAGGCAGGCGGAGGACGACGACGACGUCGUCGUUUUCGGGAGGCAAAAGAAGGCGCGAGAGGAUACGGUGACGGAGGACGAGGUCGAGGAGUUCUUCGCGAUUCUGAAGCGAAUACACGUGGCGGUCAGUCACUUCAGGAAGGUUGACGGCAACUGCGGAAGGAUGACGGCACAGGAAGGGUCAAGGAGAUUGAGGGCAAUAUUGGAGGGGGAGAGUGACGCGGAUGAUAACGGCGUGAAAGGGAAGGGCAAGAGGAGAGAAGAGGGUGUGGUGGAGGUGAAAGUGAAUAUGGGUUUUGACUUGAACGCGGAUCCGAUCCCAGAAUGUGACCCGCUGUAGACGGAUCUGUUUGUGUGAGUGUUUAAGCCUUUGAAAUGUUGAAAGAUAAUGUUUGAUUUUCAGUGGCAAUUCUUUUUUGAUUUACCAGUUAAGUUACUGGGUUUAUGUAAUGCCAUCUUUGUAUAUUUUCAAUGAGAAAUGCUUUACUUUCUAA